AUGGUGAAAUUUGGAAGGUUAAUUGAAUGUGAGCAUCAGUUAUGUUAUGCACACGGAAUUCAUUUAGCGGUAUGUGAUGUUUUGUACCAAAAGUCAACCACUUCAGUAGCAGUCCCUCUUUCUGAAGAAAUUCAAACUGAAGAUGAAGAGCGCAAUGACGAUAUUGAGAAAGAUGAAGAAGACUUUAGUUAUAGUAUUGAUUUUGAAAGUGUUUUGUGUGAGCGUUUGGCUGAAGAUCCUUUCGAUAUAGAUAUUUCAUUUGAAUUACAUGACACACUAGGUAAUGAAAUCGUCUGUUCUCAAAUCAUUAAUAAGGUUAGAAAAAUAGCAAAAUUUUUUCGCAAAUCACCUUUAAAGAAUAACAUCUUACAAAAAUACGUUGAACAGGAACAUGGGAAAAAUUUGCACUUAUUUCUGGAUUCCAAAACCCGAUGGAAUAGCCUUUUAGCCAUGUUAGAGCGAUUUAUUAAAAUAAGAUCAUCCAUAUCGAAAGCAAUCAUUGACUGUAAUAAAGAUACGGACAAUUUUGAUCUUGACAAACAAGAAGUUACUGUAAUUCGUGACAUCGUGGCAUCACUGCAGCCAUUAAAAGCUGGAGCAGAAAAGCUUGGCAACAGAGGAUCGACUUUACUUUCAUCGGAAGGUAUUUUUUCUUUUAUUAUAAAUGAGUUAAAUCAACUAAACACACCUUUUUCAAGAAGACUAAAAGAGUCGUUUAUUCGACGCAUAGCAGAGAGAAGAAAUGUAAAACUGACUGGCCUCAUACAAUAUCUCAAUAGUGGAAAGAAUUAUGGAAAAGUUUCAACUUUCCCAAGUGAAAAAAGUUUGCCAGCCUUACCAACCAAGACUAUGUUAAUUUUAUCAGCAAAACAGAUGUUAGAUCGUCUUUUUGAAGUAUCUACUGAUUCUACUUCCGGUGAUACAGAUCAACUACCAGAUGUCGCAAGCUCAUCUGCAAUGACUUUAGCUGAAAAGCUUGAUGCUGCUAUCAAAGAAGCUGAGAUAGACAGAUCAAGAAAAGUGGACAACAAAAGCAGUACUGAAACGCGUCUCGAGAACGAAAUAGAAAUCUUUGAGGCUACAGGUGAAAAAACACACAACAUCUGUCUUCUGUUAAAUGCGUUAAAAACGAUUCCACCCACAUCGAUUGAAUCAGAAAGGGCAUUCUCGGCAGCAGGACUUUUUAUUACCAAAUUAAGAACCAGAUUGAGUGAUCGGAGUAUCGACCAUCUUUGUUUCUUAAAAUCUCAUUAUAAAAAUUUACAGUAA